UGCUAUGGGUAGCCCCCAAUGUCGGUUCGCUGAUCACACCCCCACUCCUGUUCCUAAACCCUCUGAAAGCACUCGCUGAAGGACCACUAUGCAAACAUCAUCUUAUGCUUUGGAGUGCUUUGAUGAUUACUGUUAUUGCGUGGAAAUGCGAACCUCCCUAACGUUGUAAAAAGGAGUUGGAGAGGUGAACACAUAAAAAACAAACAGACGAAGACCGGUUGGAUCCAACUGUUAUCACCGCUGGAAUCGGACCCAGCACCCAGCCCUGAGAAACCCCACAACGCAGCCUAGAGGAAGAGGACCUAGCUUCCCCAGUGCUGACACAGAGCUGUUGGAAAUCUACAAAGAUGCCUGAGGUUCGGGAUCUUUCUGAUGCUUUGCCAGAGAUGCCAAUGGAUCCAAUUACAGGGGUUGGCGUAGUGGCCUCCAGGAACAGGGCACCCAGUGGAUAUGAUGUGGUCUCAACAACAACAGAUGGCCUAGAUGCUGACCUAUGGAAAGAUGGCCUAUUUAAAUCCAAGGUGACCCGCUACCUCUGUUUUACCAGGGUCUUCUCUAAAGAAAAUAGCCAUUUAGGCAACGUUCUUGUGGACAUGAAGCUUAUAGAUAUAAAGGACACUCUGCCUGUGGGUUUCAUCCCGAUCCAGGAGACAGUUGACACUCAGGAACAAGCUUUCAGGAAGAGGCGUCUCUGCAUUAAGUUUAUUCCGCGGGACUCCACAGAGGCAGCCAUUUGUGACAUCCGAAUCCUGGGACGCUCCAAACAGGCCCCCCCUCAGUAUACCUUUAUAGGAGAGCUCAACAACAUGGGAAUCUGGUAUCGCAUGGGGAACGUACCUCGAACCCAGGAUUCAACGCAUACACCAACCACCAACAAUAUCCAGAAUGUGAAUUUCUCCUCCAGCUCAGCCCCAGUCCCAGCAGCUCCUAUGCCCAAGCAUAUUUCCAUGACCCUACCGGCUAGCUUCAGAGGGAAAAACACGACCAGACCAGAUUAUGAGCACCAGAACUCUAGCCUGUAUGCUAUCUCAGCAAUGGAUGGAGUGCCUUUCAUGAUAUCUGAGAAGUUUGCCUGUGCCUCGUCUGAUCUGCAGCAGGUGGAUCUGAUGAACAUCACGAUUAAGUCCCUGACUGAGAUCGAGAAAGAGAUGCUCCACUGGUUUGUGUUGAAGAAUGUGGUUCCACAGUGUGUCCACCAGAGUAUGAUUACAGUUUCCGCACAGAGCACAGCGCAGCAGCUCGCCUCCCUCCCAGUCCAACAAGGACCUCUCUGAGCUCUGAGGCCUGACUACCGAUUACCACUCUCGCCUCCCGAUGACAGCAAGUGAGACCUGUACACAACUACUGAACUACCUACAGGAAACAGUUACAUCCAAACUGUCCAAACAACUGUACUCAAAAGACAGAAGAAAAAAAAGAUGAUUUCUGGAACGUGUUUUUUCUGUAUAAGUUGUGCUUUGAAAUCAAGGAAACUGAAACACAAAGAUACGAGGAGAGCAUUGAGGGGCUCUGGAGGUGUGCCUGAGACAUCUAUAUACAACAUUGAUGAGAUGGAUUUAAAAAUGGUCCAUUGGACGUUUUUGCAGAAGGAUAUUGAAAUGGAGAAUCUUAAAUGAUUUUAAAAUACAUUUUUCUAAAAAGAAUGAUGAAUUGCUGGUCCCAUGUAAUACAAAACACCACAGCCCUCUUGAAGAUCCAAGGAUACUUUGCCGUGCUGGAUGGCACUUGUCUGGCCUUUAGUGUCCAAAAUGUUCUGAUUCUCAAAGCAGAUAGCAUGUUAGCCUUCCUUAGUCGAGGGUAACCUGCUGCAUUCAGGAGGGUGACUCAUCCCAGCUCAUCUAUUGGAAAUAUAAAAGGAAUCUUUGUGGAAUUUUUUCAUGCUUGUACUGAUCUUCUUUGUAGGUAAUUAUCUCCUUGUUCUUAAGAUGUUUCUGUGAUAUACUUGUGUAGCUGUGAGUGCACUUUGUGUUUGGAAAUUUUAGUGUGCUUCCUGUUUCCACAGAUACUAUGUAAACCACUCCAGUCUCUACAUGAGCCGGCAACGUUGGCUGGAUUUAGAACCACUGUUAGUGUUUAAAAGUAAGAAACCAGGACACAGGUUACACUGCACUGUUAGUAGGAUUCUGUGAACCAUAUUUAAUGUAUUGUCUACUGUUGUUGCUGAAAGAUUUUUGCAGGUGACAAAACAAUACUUUUUACCCAAUACAUUACUUUGAAUUCAUUUGAUUGUUUUAACAUUUGAACAUUUAAAAAAUGAAAAAAAAUGUAUGAAACACAUGCUCACACAAUGUCCUUCACAUCGUCAUAUUUAUCCAAUUUGUAUACCAGCAGAAGAGCUGUGACCUAGCUACAUAGAUCUCUUAAUCUCUCUUUUCAAACUUGUAAUAAGAGUACUAGAUGUAACUAUGUCGGGAACUUUGAAUUCUGGUUUAAUCAGUCUAAUUGAUUUUUUAAUAGAGGACAACCCUUCACAGCUGUGAAUACUUUUUUUUUUAAAAACAUGAUACCAUUUUGUUCUUGACAGUUACUGAUUGACUGUGCCUUUGACACAAUUCAGUCAGCAACAAAGUAGCACGAAAGUUCUGUUAACCAUAUAUAUACAUUCCUCCCCAUUUUUUGUUACUUUUCUAAGAACAGUGUUAAAAAGACAACACCUCAUACGUGAUCAAGCAAAAGUGCUGUUCUUAUUUGAUUGAAGUGGUUAGAUAAGAAAAAUGUGGUAGAUCUUUGUUUCAGUUUGGUCGAAACCUUUGUAAACUUCCUUGUGUUUUUAAUGAGCAAGAAUCAUUUUAGAAAUAUAUAUAUUUUUUUUAACUCAUUUGACAUGUGAAGACCACUACCCACUCAGGUCCACCACAACUUAUUUCAAAUGAGACUGACGGGACAAGUGCUAGCUCUGAGUGAACACUGCACCAGACUUCAUUGUCACUUGUUCACAGUCAGUGUUAUCCCACAACACACAAAUAAUGCAUAUUAGUAUUGGUGGCUCAUAAGCUUCAUCUAUAAGUCUCUUCAACCUGCAGCUUUUUUAUAUGUUUAUCAUUUUAGUUGAAGGAGUCUAUUUUCACAUCUGUCUUCUCUGCUUCUCCUGGUGCUUCUGGUAACUGAGAAUAUAGACUUUCUAUUAAGAAUUUGCUCAAGACAUUGUUUCUCGAAUUUAACCCCAGUUUUUUUUAAUAGUUUUUAAGCUAUAGUCAGUAAAUCUAAAAAAAACUUUAACACUCCAGAGGUUUCAAUGUAAGACCUGUCAGUUGCUGAAUCAUCUCCAUUAAUUGGCAGGCUUUUAAUUUGUUCGAAAAAACAUCUGUGAUGAGCUAAAGAUGACUGUUACAUAUCAGCAUAAAGGUCCAUCUUGACCUUAAGUACUAUUGUUAAAAAACUAUCUCAGAAUCUAGUCAUGUAUUUAUUGAGGUAUUAAUCUUAAAUUCUCUUCAUGUCUGUGUUUGAGUGGCACUUUUUUUUAUGGUAAUACAGUAUUGUACAAAGCAGCACCAAUGACUAGUGUUUUAUUUUUUUAUUUUUCUUUGUUCACUCCAUUUGCUACAUGAGACAGAUGUUUACAAGAAAGUACUAUUUUUCCUUUUUUGCCACUAGUGUCUGCAAUAUUAUCCAUUCAUAAAAAAAUGGAUUCGUUCCUUUAUAUUUUUGUUUGAUUAAUGUAUUAGUCAUUUCAGUGUUGUGACAAAGUUUUCAGAAAUGUAACCAACGCAAUAAGUUUGGAGGAAAAAAAACACAGUUCAUACCUAUGUUACAUUCUCUGUAUAUGAGCUGGCUGCUCUGUGAUAAGCUACACAUGUAAUUUGUCAGCCGUGGUCUUAACUUCCAAUCAGUUCUGCAGAAACAUUUAAUAUCAAACUAAUAUGAUGUCUGCAAUUAUCUUUUGAUUAUGUCAGUUAGUUUGCAUGCAUGAAGUUUAAGCGACAGUUAUUUUUGAAAAGUUUUAAGUUAGAUUUUUGCCUCAAAUAGAUUUUAUUCUCUAUGGAAUGAACAGAACCGCAUCAGAUGCCUUUGUAUUAUUAAGUUUUAUUAAACUGUAACAAACAUGUUGAAUUUUAUUUUUGGUCAGAUUGGUGAGGUCACAAUGUUUCAAGCCGGAGCGAGACUAAACUUGAGGUUUUUAAUUAAAUUUGAAACACAUUGUAUGUAUUUGAGCUUCACUUAGCAGUGUUAAAGACUAUAAUUUUCACCUGCAUCUGCUGAAAUGUGAUAGCUAAUCUCUCACAUUUUACAGUGGGUAUGGAAUAAAAUUUUCACAAUGUC